GAGGUUCGGUUGGAGGAGAAAUUUCAACUUUGUUGACGUUCCCAUCGGGUUCUCAUUUGCUUCCACCGGCUUGGUUCAUCACAAAUUUCUCUCCUCCUCGAGACUAAGACUGCCGGCGACCGGUGCUGAAUCCGCGCCGCUGCAGCCACCGCAUUCUGCUUCUUCUUUUUUCACGUCAUACGGCUGCGGUCGGUGCUGAUUCGCCGGUGUUGUGUUACUGUUUCAUCUACUUCCGUUCUUCUCCAUUGAUUUCCACCUUUCUAUGUCCGCUGAUUUUUUUCCAACUCGGAGGAAUCCUUGGAUUAUUGUUGCUUAGCUGAUCUUCAUCUCGGAGGAAUCCGCGGGUACACGAGACUUGAAGACGACGAAAAGCGCAGCAGAGUAGCAGAGGCUUCGGAUCAGACCGAGGCCGCAGAGAAAAGAAGAAAGGAAAAGGGGAAUUUAAAAAACGACGGUGUCUGGAGGAUCGCAUCCAUUUCUCGAGCAAGUAGGCCAUUACGUUCGAUUGCUGAAACGCGCCGCUGAACCGAAUGGCAUCAUUUUGGGCGACAGUUUUUUGAAAGGACAGACGAUUCGACAGAAACUGAUUUAUUUAUAUAUCUCAACAGUUCUGAAAACAUGCCAAGCAUGAGCACAAUGACUCGAGCACCUAUGCUUGUUUUCAUCUUCGAGAGAACUACAAUUAUGGAUUGAUAUAGACUAAAUCGAGGUGGUGGCCUGGUUGGCUGGGAGAAGGAUUGGCGACAUUGAGAAAUGGGGUCUGUUGCUGGAGAGGAGCUAAUGAAGUUGGAGAAAAUGCAGGGGAUAAAUGCUCGUGAAGAGAAAAUCCUUGUUUUAGUAAGAUUGAGACCUUUGAAUGAGAAGGAGAUUAUGACGAAUGAAGUAGCAGAUUGGGAGUGCAUCAAUGAUACUAGUAUCUUGUACCGGAAUACCCUACGGGAGGGGUCCACAUUUCCGAGUGCCUAUACUUUUGAUAGAGUAUUUCGAGGCGAGUGCUCUACCAAGCAGGUGUACGAGGAAGGAGCCAGAGAAAUUGCAUUUUCUGUAGUCAGUGGUAUCAACUCGAGUAUUUUUGCAUAUGGUCAAACAAGCAGUGGAAAGACAUACACCAUGGAUGGAAUUAUUGAAUAUUCAGUGGCAGAUAUAUUUGAUUACAUUAGAAAGCAUGAAGAAAGAGCAUUCGUUGUGAAAUUUUCAGCAAUUGAAAUAUACAAUGAAGCUGUUAGAGACCUCCUGAGCACAGAUUCUACUCCUCUCAGGCUGCUAGAUGACCAUGAGCGAGGAACUAUUGUGGAGAAAGUCACUGAGGAAACUCUGAGGGACUGGAACCAUUUAAAGGAGCUCCUUUCAGUGUGUGAAGCUCAACGGCGAAUUGGAGAGACCUCACUGAAUGAGAAAAGCUCUAGAUCUCAUCAGAUUAUUAAACUGACAAUUGAAAGUUCUGCUCGAGAGUUUUUAGGAAAAGACAAUUCAACCACCCUUGCUGCUAGUGUGAAUUUUAUCGAUUUAGCUGGGAGUGAACGUGCAGCUCAAGCAUUAUCAGCAGGAGCAAGAUUGAAAGAAGGUUGCCACAUAAAUCGCAGUUUACUCACUCUGGGUACUGUUAUUCGCAAAUUAAGCAAAGGAAGAAAUGGUCAUAUCAAUUACAGAGACUCUAAGCUGACGCGCAUAUUGCAGCCUUGCUUAGGUGGUAAUGCUAGAACAGCCAUCGUCUGUACACUGAGCCCUGCAAGAAGUCAUGUUGAACAAACUAGAAACACUCUCUUGUUUGCUUGUUGUGCAAAAGAGGUGACAACAAAAGCACAAGUCAAUGUGGUGAUGUCUGAUAAGGCUUUGGUUAAGCAUCUGCAGAAAGAGUUAGCUAGAUUGGAGAGUGAGUUGAGAACCCCUGCCCCUGUUUCGUCCAGUUCUGACUAUGCAGCCUUGCUUAAAAAGAAAGAUCUUCAAAUUGAGAAGCUGGCAAAAGAGAAUAGAGAGCUCACUAAGCAAAGGGAUCUCGCUCAGUCCCGGAUUGAAGAUUUACUUCGUAUGGUUGGACAUGAUGAUGCCUCGAGAAAGGUUAUCAAAAGUAGUCAUUCCAAAUUGCACUCAAGGGAUGCCUUGGAGGAUGAAGGUUCAGGAUCAGAAACUUCAAGUGUGACUGAUUCUCGUGGUACGGAUAUGGGUGGAAAAUCUUUCGACAACCAUUAUGAUGAUGGAGAGAGUGAUGAUGGAAAGAGGUUCCUUGACUCUCACUCAGGUCAGAGUGGAAUGACAACCGCUGUGACUGAUUCUCGUGGUAUGGAUAUGGGUGGAAAAUCUUUCAACAGCCAUUAUUAUGAUGGAGAGAGUUGUGAUGGAAAGAGGUUCCUUGACUCUCACUCAGGUCGGAGUGGAAUGACAACCGCUGUGACUGAUUCUCGUGGUAUGGAUAUGGGUGGAAAAUCUUCCAAAAACCAUCAUUAUGAUGGAAAGAGGUUCCUCGACUCUCACUCAGGUCAGAGUGGAAUGACAACCGCUGUGACUGAUUCUCGUGGUAUGGAUAUGGGUGGAAAAUCUUCCAAAAACCAUCUUUAUGAUGGAAAGAGGUUCCUCGACUCUCACUCAGGUCAGAGUGGAAUGACAACCGCUGUGACUGAUUCUCGUGAUAUGGAUAUGGGUGGAAAAUCUUUCAACAAUCAUUAUUAUGAUGGAAAGAGGUUCCUUGACUCUCACUCAGGUCGGAGUGGAACGACAACCGCUGUUGCAAUAGUAGAAGAUUCCGAUGACUGCAAAGAAGUUCAAUGUAUUGAAACGGAGGAAUCAAUCAGGGACGAUGGCUUGUUACUCCAUGCUCCUAAUAAUGGUGGAUUCAGAGGAACGCCUCUGUCUGGAUCAAACUAUGGGAAUAUGGUAGGUCAUGAAAUGAUAUCAACCGCUGUGAAUGGGAACGGAGAAGUGCGUCAGAUUCAGAAUAAUUCAACUAAUGAUCAAGUGGAGCAAGGACUCCGUGAUGUAAGAAGAACGGCCAUUACUUCUAUUAGCAGUCCUUACUGCCACGAUGCAAAUUCACAGGUUGCUGCCGAUAUGUCAAGCUCCAGAAGUUGGAGACGUAGAGAAAAUCUCACGACGGAGUUACCACCUGAUAAAGCGGAGACCACCCCUCCACAUGGAUUUGAGAAAAGCUUUCCUGGAAGGCCUGAAGGUUUUGAACGGAAACUCCCACAAUUAGACUUUGAUGGCAGCCUCUUGAGACUUGAUUCUCAGUCUUCUAUAGGAAGUGCUCGAAGCACAAAAACUUCUGCAGAUGAUGACAUUACUCGUCUAGACACCUUUGUGGCCGGACUGAAGAAAAUGACCAACUCAGAGUAUGGGAAAGAACUUGCUGAUAGACAGGUUCUAGAGGACGGGCAAGAAACGGAUUUCUUAAGGAACACAAAAGGUGCUAGAGGGGAGACAAGGCAGGAUGCAUUAUUCUCAUCGGAUUGGAGCCAAGAAUUUCAGAGGCUGCAGAGGACGAUAAUUGAGCUUUGGCAGACUUGCAACGUCUCGAUUGUCCACAGAACAUACUUUUUCAUGCUGUUCAAAGGUGAUCCGGCCGAUUCCAUUUACAUGGAAGUAGAGCUUAGGAGACUGUCUUUUCUGAAGCAAACAUUUUAUUACGGUAAUGAAGCUAUUGAAGAUGGCCGGAAACUCACUUUUGUCUCAAGCGUGAGGAAUCUUCGUCGCGAGAGAAAAACAUUGAGUAAGCUAAUGCAGAAACGAUUGUCAGAAGAAGAGAGAACGAGACUGUUCCAGACGUGGGGAAUUGCGUUGAAAUCAAAACGCCGAAGGCUGCAGCUGAUCAACCGCUUAUGGAGCGACCCGAAGAACAUGAAUCACGUACAAGAGAGUGCUGCCAUUGUUGCCAAGCUUGUCAAGUUUGCUGAGCAAGGACAGUCUCUGAAGGGGAACUUUGGUCUCAGCUUCAUUACAACACCCCCACAGAAAAGUAGAUCAUUUAGCUGGAAAAACACCAGGACUUCUCUUCUGUGAGCUGAGCUGCUACAUACAUAACCCUUACAGGAAUGUCAUAUCAAUAGGAGGAUACUUCUUAUACUAUGUUUCAUAAACUCGAAUGCUCUAAAGAAUGAAGAUAAUCCAUUGACUAUGAGUCUGAAUCAAGAUCAUUAUUAAGAGGCGUAGUCGACCUAGUGUAUAAAUCGAUGUAUUAUAACCUCUACUAUAAUCACAAGUACAAUAGUUGAUUAUAACUACUAUUGUUGUAGCGAUGUAGUACGAUAUUUACUUCAUAUCAUACCCAUAGUUUCUAUUGCUAUAGUCGUCAUUACUAUAGCUAUAGUCACAUUGUUCAUACUCAGGGUCAAUCUUUGUCAAUGUGUAAUUUUUACCUAUAUAAUGUUUAUGUUUAAUGUAAUGUUUUUACUCUA